AUGCCUUGUCCCAGGUUCUUAGCAGGUAGCUCAAGCAGUCUCUCUGAACUUCUCUUUGCAGAAACUCAGCGUGCGCCAAACAAAAGGCGGAAGCGGAAAGGCUCUCAGUCAGGUCAGAAUGCGACUGCAAACUCCACAGGCUCAGGGAAGAAAAGAUCCCCAGGACCGAACUUCAGCCUUGCCACCCAAGUCUCCGACGUGAUGGUGGUUGGAGAGCCGUCCCUGAUGGGCGGUGAAUUUGGUGAUGAAGAUGAGCGACUUAUCACACGCUUGGAGAACACCCAGUACGACACGGCCAACGUGGAGGACAGCGGUAGUGGCGGAGGUCCCCAAGGGGCAGGGCCAGGAGGACCUGGACCUGGAGGACCCGGACCUGCCGGACCCACACCAUUCAAUAACUCACCGAUGACCACUGGCCCCGGAGGUCCCUGGCCCGACCCCGCGCGACAACCCCAGGACGCUGACAAGAAGAGUCCAGCAAUCAGUCAGUAGCCCAGAUGUUAAAAACACUUUAGAUUCUCUUUUUUUACGAAGUAGCACCCCUUCCCCCUCCCCCAUAUAAGUGGAAAAGGUAUCUUCAGGAAUUGGAGAGUAGCCAUUGUAGGUAGCCUCAAUGGGAAGGCUCACAACUGGUGUAGUGAAGAUAUUUUGGUAGUAAGAGUGGUGGACUUGAAGGGGGUCAACAAGUAUUACAAAUGGGAAGAGUUGGCAGUGCAUCAUUGAAGCUUAUUUAUUCAAUUUGGAAUUUCAAUGCUCUCUUGAUUUUCAUUAGUAGAUAGCUGACCAAAUAAUUUUUUUAUAGUUUGUUAUGUAAGACAACUUUGAUACUGGGCUGCCUUUGUGAUUUGGGGUUUUGAGGGUGAGUUAUCUAUUUGGAGUUUUAAUUUUAAUUCUCUCGUAAACUGUGAACUCUGAAAGACUGAAGUGAUAGUACCCAGCCAGUCAUGGUGUGGCAUACAAUCUUUCCUGGGGGACAAAGCUCAGAUCAGACUGUAAAAAAAAUAAUAAUUAUAAUUACACUUCCAAAUGAAGCUGUAAGGUUAAGGUUUAAAGGACAACAGUCUUCAUGUACCCAGGUACUUGUGUUUCUUACCAGUUUUCAUACCUACAGUGGUGCACAUGCUGUAAAUGCUUUGUAACUUUUUAUAUUAUUUUAACAAAAAAAUCAAUAGGGACCAAUGUUUUGGUCAAAGUUACAAGGUUAUUACAUUCUAUUCAGUUGUAUAACCAGUUUUGCAAAAUAGGUAUACAAGGCCCUGAGUAUUUUGAUAUGGUUUCAUGAAGAUGAAUGAUACUUAGACCUUCAAUUAUUGUGCUUAUCAUGAGAGAUGGUAGUUGUUCCUUUAUAAAGUUUUCAUGAUUGAAUGUUUGAAGUGCAUGUUAAUCCCUGUUAAGUAUUUAUUAUACUUGGGCAUGGAUGUGAGGAGGAUCUUAGAGAGAGUGUUUCAACAAGUGAACCUUUAUGUUGUAUGUGUAUAUUUGUAGUGAUAUAACUUUUAAGUAUGGUACUUGGCCUACACUAGCAAUAUUUCAGGGUAUGGGUUAUGUCCCAUGCAUAUUCAUUAUUUGGUAGUGGUAUUUCUUGCAUAAAUUAGGGUGCAUACUUAUUUAUUUGUUUGAGGUAAUAUCUUGUGUGCAUUUUAUUAUACAGGAAAGAAACUUUUUUUUUAUUACUAUUCAUUGUUCAAGUGAGAGAACUAAGCAUGUCCCAUUGUAGGUAGACAAGGCUGGUCUCUCAAGUGUUUCAUAAUGUUUCCAAAGGUUCACUGAUUGUUAUGUGAAAUAUCUCGUCUGAGAAAAUUGUUUAUAUAAUUUUGUAUAUGAUGGCUUUCGUUGGUCUGACCUUGAUCAUUCAUUUAGGGUUCUAUUUUUUGCUCAUACUAUACUGAAACUCAAAGGCAUUUCAUUAGUUUUUAUACCAUAAGGACUGACUUCAUAUUAAUAUUAUAUGGUAGACUGGCAGGGUGUAUGAAGUUGUUAUCCUACUUUUUUCAUGAUUUCAUGGAAACAGUUACUUGUAUCUUUGUACAAAUUGCCCAAGGAGUAGUAUUGUCAUCUCAUUCAGUUUCUUUCAAAUCAAAAUGUAAGCAAUAUGCAAGGAGGUUUGCAAAGAGAGAGCUUUUCAGUUUUUAUUUCCUUAUCUGUGGUUUAUAUUUUUCAUAUAACCCAUAUAUCUUUUAAAUUUGUAAGAAAUUCAGUUUUAAACUUGUACACUUUAUGCAUUAUUCUUGGAAUUGAUUCUACUCUCUGUGCAAAGUCUCUGUAAUUUUCAUCCUCUCAGACACAGCUUAGUUUUCUUGGUAUCAGCACCCUUGUUAUUGUUGAAAUAUCCCUGCAUAUUGAUUGGUUGAGAUGCCUGCUUGAUAAACAUUCCACCGAAUAAUCCAGAGUUUAACCAAAAAAUGUGAUUAAUGAUUUUGUAUCUAAGGUUUCAAUAAGGAAUAUGUUGUAUAGUGAGAUAUUUCUUACUGAAGAAGCAUGUGAUUGACACUCCUUUGUAAUGAUACAGAAUACAUGUAUUGCCUACCAAGAAAACAGAAAAUUUAAGAAUCUCACAGGCUACAGUCUGCAGUCCAUAUCAAGGGGAUGAGUCUAGGCUCACAACCUCCAUAUUCUAUUUUUUCUGUUGUUAAAAAAGGGAACAUUACUAUCUAAUUUGGAGAUUUGUAAGAGCCAAGCUUGAACCUUGCAUAUCAACACUUCUCCCCAAGAACUUUCUUGUGUUUACCUCUCAUGUAAAGUGUACAAAUCUUUGUUUGGAUGUGAUUGGUCGCCAAGAUUUCCCAAAGAGGAAGCUACUAUUUCUUGUCUUCUAGAGUGAGUGAUGAUAAUAAAUAUUUUUAAUCUAA